AAGGACUUUGUGAAACUGCAGCGAUGUCAGUCCAGGUUGUGGCAGCGAAAAUGGCAGAGGUCGAGCUCAAAGACGUCCCCACCGGCAAAGACUUACCGGCUGAAUCCCCGAUGACACCGACCUCGGAGGGCAAAAGCCUCGCCAGAAACGACCCACACGAGGCCGGUUUCUCUGCUGCUGCGUCCCCUACAGCGGAGCCCUCCUCCGCUAAAGCCGGGGACGGCAGCCUGGGCUUGCUCACCCCGAACCCCGCGAAGAUGCCGCAGGCGUCGGCUAUGAAGCGGACGGACCCUCAGCAGAACGGCGGAGAGGCUUUUGUCAACCGGGACGGCACCGUCGCCGAAGCACCACGGAUGAAAAAGAUCCAGUUUGCCGACCAGAAACAGGAGUUCAACAAGCGUCCCUCCAAGAUCGGCCGACGCUCUCUGUCCCGCUCCAUCUCCCAGUCCUCCACAGACAGCUACAGCUCAGCGGCGUCAUACACAGACAGCUCUGACGAUGAGACGUCUCCCCGGGACAAACAGCAGAAGAACUCCAAGGGCAACGGAGAUUUCUGUAUCAAAAACAUCAAACAGGCUGACUUCGGACGCAGAGAGAUCGAGAUCGCAGAGCAAGAGAUGCCGGCCCUGAUGGCUCUGAGGAAGCGAGCCCAGGGGGAGAAACCCCUCGCCGGUGCCAAGGUGGUGGGCUGCACCCACAUCACUGCCCAGACUGCUGUGCUGAUGGAAACCCUGUCAGCUCUGGGGGCUCAGUGUAGAUGGGCGGCCUGCAACAUCUACUCCACUCAGAAUGAAGUGGCAGCUGCUCUGGCAGAAGGAGGUUUCAGCGUGUUUGCAUGGAAGGGUGAGUCAGAGGACGACUUCUGGUGGUGCAUCGAUCGCUGUGUCAACGUGGAAGGCUGGCAACCCAACAUGAUCUUGGAUGACGGUGGAGACCUGACUCACUGGAUCUAUAAAAAAUACCCAAACAUGUUCAAGAAGAUCAAGGGCAUCGUAGAGGAGAGCGUCACCGGUGUGCACAGGUUGUACCAGCUGUCCAAGGCCGGGAAGCUGUGUGUCCCAGCCAUGAACGUCAACGACUCAGUGACCAAGCAGAAGUUUGACAAUCUCUACUGCUGCAGGGAGUCCAUCUUAGACGGCCUGAAGAGGACAACUGACGUCAUGUUCGGAGGCAAACAGGUGGUGGUGUGUGGAUACGGAGAGGUGGGAAAAGGCUGCUGUGCUGCCCUCAAAGCGAUGGGCUCCAUCGUCUACGUCACAGAGAUUGACCCCAUCUGUGCCUUGCAGGCCUGCAUGGACGGCUUCAGGCUGGUAAAGCUCAAUGAAGUCAUCAGACAAGUGGACAUUGUUAUCACCUGCACAGGCAAUAAGAACGUGGUGGUGAGAGAGUACCUCGACCGUAUGAAGAACGGCUGCAUUGUCUGCAACAUGGGACACUCCAACACUGAGAUUGACGUGGCGAGCCUGCGGACUCCUGAGCUGACCUGGGAGAGAGUGCGUUCUCAGGUGGACCACGUCAUCUGGCCCGACGGCAAGAGGAUAGUCCUGCUGGCUGAGGGUCGUCUGCUGAACCUCAGCUGUUCCACUGUGCCCACUUUCGUGCUCUCCAUCACCGCCACUACCCAGGCGCUGGCUCUGAUAGAGCUGUACAAUGCCCCAGAGGGACGCUACAAACAGGAUGUUUACCUGCUGCCCAAGAAGAUGGAUGAGUAUGUGGCCAGCCUACAUCUCCCUACGUUUGACGCACAUCUCACAGAGCUGAGUGACGAGCAGGCCAAGUACCUGGGCUUGAACAAGAACGGGCCCUUUAAGCCAAACUACUAUAGGUAUUAAAUCAGUGUUGGGGUUGGACAGAAGACAUACUGAUACUCCAUGGAUCGCACAGACCCAUAGAGAAAGAGAGGAGGGAGGACAGAAGGAAGGAAGGAAGGAAGGAAGGAUGGACAGAAUAGUCAACACACCUGCUUUAUAUACAGGGGGGAGGGGGAUGAGCUCUGAUGGAGCCUGCUGGGGGAACGGAGGGGGGCGUAGCUUUCCCUGCACUUAUGACUGUCGUUUAAUUUAUUCACGCUUUACAACAAUAAUAAUAAUAAUGAUAAUAAUAACAUUAACUCUAAUUCCGCGGGGCUGCUCCUGUCAUUUGUCAUUAGCUAGCUCCCCGUUAAGCGACGUCUUCUUCUGUAAGAUGUUUUAUUUUUCCCUUCAACUCGUCAUUUCACCGUCUUCUCUUUUCUCUUUAGACGCCCAUUUGUGUGUCGAGUUGUAUGUUAAUCCUCCAUCCUCCCUUCUCAUUGCCAGAUCUUUUAUUGUUUAACUAUUAAAGAUGAAAUUAUUGACGCUAAAAAAGAUAUAUACUAUAUUAAAAAAAAAAAAAACGAAAAAAACUUCAUUAAAAAAAAUCUGUGAAUGAAGAUGAACCUUUUUGAAGAUUUAGUGACGGACAUUUUUUUUCUGUCCUUUUUUUUGUUGUUGUUGUCUUUUCUUUUCUACUUGUGAUCAUGUUUUUUUUUUUUUUUUUGUUUUCUCUUGUGUAAUAUUUGCGAGGGCGGGGCUAGACCUAGUGGGGGAGGGGUUGGGGAGGGAUCUCAGGGUCCAAUCAUAUCAUGUCUUUUAUUUGAUCGUUUCAUUGAGAUUCACAGUCUUGUCUGUUUUUAAACACUUUUUUUAACGGGUUCUGUCCCUUCAGAUCAGCUGAGUUGUAGUUUGUCAGUUCCUCCUUUCCUUUUUUCUUUUUUAAAGUAUGACUGGACAGUGAUCGGCUCUUUCCACCUGUCACUCAAACUCACAGUGAAACCAUCUCAUUGGCUGUUCAGCUUCUUUCUCGGCUUCCAGCGGCUCACAUGACGCCAGUGUUGAAGUAAUGAAAAGUAUUUCGCGCUAGUGAGAGCUAACCUUUUGCAUUUUGUCUUUUCCUUUAUAAAGAAUGACUAUACUGUAUUAGAAGCAUGGCAGGUUGUCAGACCAUUACAAGGGGUAACUGUAUAUUUAGAUAUUUAUAUAGAAAUUAAGAUUUUUCUAUCUUUUUCUCUCUUGCGCUAUCUAAUAUCAUUACUUUUGGAGAAAAAUCAACAUAUGUCAUAAAAUAAGCAAUUUAAAUGUUCUAAUGAUAAGUGUAAUAAAUGUACUUAAACUCUCAUUUUGAAUACUGUGACAGAAUAUUUACAGAGAUACCAAAUGUGCAGUAAGUUGCUGCCAGGCCGGUACUAACGCAGAUUUCUUCAAUCAGGUCCUCAUUGAAGAGUAUGGUGCUGUUAAGAUUUACUGUACUUGCCAUACACACCACCACUCUUUGGUACUCAGUUGUAGUCAACAACAACAACAAAAAAAUUUAAAAUCUGGGGCUUAAAUUCCAUCGUUUUGUCCAUCAGAUUUCCCGUCUGUGGAGAUUCAUAUGCAUUUGCCUUUUUAAAGGGCGUUUUCUCCUUUUUCCCAACAUGGCGUACUACUCCUUAUUUGAUGUUAGUGUCAUCUCUUCAACUGAAAGGCUUAGACUCUUCUGUUUUAUAAUGAGCUGCACAGUCGUCAUCCUCGGCAGCUCAUCCUCAGCUGACCUGGAAAUAAGGAAGUCCUGACAUUUCACCUAACAGCCAGUCCACCUGAACCAAUCAGAUUCUCAGAGACGCUGCCAGCUCUGCUCUCACAGAGUGGGAUCGGAUGCUUAAACACACACACACACACACACACACACACACACACACGCAGCAGCUCAUUAUGCAGGUCUGAAGUCUUUGGGGACUUUCUUGUAUUGUAUUUGAAAUAUAAAUCUGAUCUUUUUUUUUUCAACUCUUGACCAGUUUGAAAAUAGCACAAAAAAACUUUGUUUACAGGAAGAAUAAAUACUUUUACUCACUUCAAGUACAAAUAUACCUUCACAUGUCAUCCCUUAUUUGCCAUCUGUGUGUGACCUGUGACUUUUCAACGAUACCAUCAGUGUACAUUUAACUGAAUUCCAACCAAAGUCUUUAAAUUCUGUGAAAACAAAAUAAAGCCUGAAGAAACUGAAAUUCUGAAGGUGUGUGUUGGAGCUUCUAACAUAAAACCUACUGUAUGCUCAUCUGCCACCAUGUUGUAUCGGAGCCCAUGCAACCUCACACUGAUCCCUGCCAACGUUGCAUUGUGUGUGCAUUUCUUUGUCUCUGUGCUGUUGAGAAUCCCCUCUCUGAGUAGUGUUAUCUGUUGUCUGUGUAGUUCCUGAACUUGCUGUCUAAAGUCUUAUUUUAUUUCCUUUUUGUAUGUGUGAGUGUGAAAGUAUGUGACUUCUUGAGAGAAAGCUGAGCAGAUUAUAGAUAAUGAUGCACAUGUGUGUCUACAUGUCUUUGUGUUUCUAUACAUCCCUUUUUUUUUUUUUUUUUUUUGUAGGCCAUGGUUGCUUCGUUAACAGCUGUCUCAGGAUCCUAGCCUGUGCGUUAGGGGGAGAAACCCUUUUUUUUCCCUCUUUUCUUUUUCCGUCAGUCAUAAGCUGACCAACACAUGGGUGGGCGGGGGAUGACACCAGCAUCGUAUAUGUAUAUACAUACUAUAUACAGAUAUGACAACCUUUAAAAUUGUAGGAAGGAUAAGAAAAAUCAACUCCUGUAUGUAUUAUUGUAAAUCCUCAUACAGUGCUAACUGGCAAAAAUUCUCAAACAUAUUUUAAGUUGUCUAAUGAAAGAAAAAAAAAUCCUAUGUUUAAAUAUUGCAAGUGAUAAUGGUAGAUGAGCAAUAAUUUAAAAAAAAAUCUGUAAUCUCAAUGAAUAAAGAUGUAAAAA